CAACAGACGCUCCCAGUGUUAUAAGUGAUUAGCGCGAAACGUAUAAAAACGCAAAUCAGAAAGUGAAAAAAAAGACUCUGCUGACAAAAUCGACAGAAAUUCUUAUAUUCUUAAAAUAAUUAACAUCUCUUGCGAGUUAACAUAUGUUUUAAAUAUUGUUAAAAUAAUUUCUCUUUUGUUCAAGCAUAUUUUAAAAAAUUAUUUUAUCUUAGCAACCUUGUUAGCAACCGUAGCUACAUAAAACAAAAACAUUUAUAUUUUUAUAUUUAUUUGACGAUGGUUUAGUAUAUGUUUUUUGGAACAAGAAGAUAAAGUCGUGUUGUGGAUUAGAACUAAAAUUGAAGUUCGAACAACAGGAUAACAGAGACACUCUAGCAUGGCGAAAUUUGAAUGGGACAAAGAAACCAUAGAGCUACUUCGUGAAAAAGGACUGAGAUGCAUUUGUCAAUUAUGUGAUUGUGGACGACCGCACCGUCAUCCAUAUUGUCGAAAACAAUAUCCAAACGUCACCUACAGUUUCCAACAAAAUAGAAAUAACAACAUGGAAACAAGUUAUCAAUCUCGUUUCAAUGAUUUUCACAACAUUGAUCCGCCUAAAUCAAUGAAACCCGUAGAAAAACAAAGAGACCCAAAUCCACCGCCUAUGGACUUUAGAACCGAAAAUAAAAUGGCGUUUAAACCACAUAAUGCUACUGGAAAAGAAAAGCCAUGCAAGCUCGAAGCAGAACUGGCAAAGUUAAACGCAGGAAACUUCGAUGGAAAUACAGUGUAUAACGAAACAUAUAUCGGACAUCAACCUGUUCAUGUCAAUCCUCUACGACCAAAAACCGUAUUUAAGCCGGAAAAGGGUCAUUUUGCUACAGAAACGGAGUAUUCAAAAGGUUAUCAGAAGAAAAUUAAAAUACCACAGCAAAGUUUUCGAGAAAAACCUGCCAGUACGUACGGUCUGCUAUAUCCCGAUCCAAAACCUACAGCCAAAAAUUCAGUGAAGAAUUCCAUUCAUGACGGACGUACCGGACCAAGAGCAGAAUUAUGUGCAGUGAAGGAGAGUAAUGUCCACCUUGGUUUAGACGAUGACUUUAAUCAUAUUACAACCAAUAGCCUUCAGUUCCAAAAAUACGACAAUAUAGGAAAGCUGAAGUCAAUGAAACCAACACAGCCGAUCAAACCGCGUACUAAGUUUACCGCCAUUUCGCAAAGCAAAGUGGAUUAUGGUUAUGAUGAAAAUGAUGCCUUAAAAGCUCGCGCCGAAAAAUGUCAGGAGUAUCCAAGUUUGCUUAGAUUAAGCAUGGAUGAACCGGCUGAUUUUAGAACUGUAAAUCGUACAAGCUAUAACUCGUGGAAACCCGAGGAUUUUAACAGUGUUGUAACAAAAGCUUCAAAUACCUACGUGCCGCCAACAGAACAAUUCGAUGGAAUAUCUCAAACCAAAGCAGAUUUUAAAUCAUACGGUAUUAAACCUCGCGUUGGCAUGUUACGUCCGAUAGAGGCUAGAAAAUCGAGCGGCAAAAUGGUUGACAAAUCUUCGUACACACUACAGUACCCACAUCAUGGUAACGUAGAAAGAAAAAUAUAUGGUGAUCAGCAUGAAGAUAACUUAUAUUUGCCGCCAAAAAGUGCAAAAUUUGAUGACGCCACUGUCAUGCGCAGUGACUUUACUAAGAGAAGUGCUGAAAAACAGAAAGCAUUUAAGCCGGAAUAUACAUUACAAAACUAUGGAGGAGAGUUUUCAACUGAAACUGAAUACAGAAAGAAGUACCAGAAAAAAGAAUUUGAACCUUGCGCUUUUUCGAAGUUUUUAGCAGAAGUUGAAGCAAGAAGAGACGCUAGGUUAAAUCGAACAGUUGGAAGUGGUGUUUGUUCAUAGUUUGAAAAAUCAAACCA